AUGAACUGUUCUGUGCGCGAGAGAACCGCAACCUCAGAGUGCGUGGAGCUCCAUGUGUUUUUUGUCCCAGAAGAACAAUGGAACUCGAGGUUGAAUAAAGUGUCAGUCGAAGCCAUAGACAGCUUCAUUUCUGAGGGAUUUAUCAGAGUGUAUCCAGACAUAAGCCUUAAAGCCAUUAGAGAAGAACUUGGGUCAUUGCUUGGACCUGAAAGGGUCAAGGAUAGAUAUUGCUUCUUAAAAUGUGUUGGUAGAAGCCUAGCAAUGGUCAAAGCCAAACAAGAGAAAGACUUGAAAGCAAAAUCCUUUGCUCCACCUUAUUCCCCUUACCCAGAGCUCUACCUGCUGCCAGUUGAAGAGAAUACCAAUAGCCUUUGUUCCAGGUCUCUAAGCUCAGACACUGUCUUUUACAACACUGAGUCUCAGACAUGUUACCCUCCUAGACCCAUUUUUGCACCUGGCCAGACAAAAGAACCUACUAAGUUCCCACUAAUCAAACAAAAGUCCCAGCAGUAUGUCCUAGCGCAAAGUGUAGAAAAUGAGAGCAGCUUCAGUUCCUUGGAGGAGAGGGAGGAAGACUCUCUGGGAUGUGAAGACUCUAUGUGGACUGAAGCUCCCAAAAUGUGCUGGAACGUCCAAGAGGAGUUUGUGGCAAAGGAGCAGGGGAAUGAACUGCUGAAGGAAAUAAGACUGGUCAAAGAAGAGAGAAAAAAAAUAGAAAGAACAAGACAAGAACUUCUGAGAAAGGGAAAAGAACUGCUAGCUCUGAAUAGACACUAUAGGAACCAAGCCCGGGACAAGUGGAAGAGAAAAUAUUUUAACACCAAAAAGGCCACGGCACCAUUGGAAGAAACCUUGAAAAACCUUCGCCAGGAACUUGAGAAAUUUUACAACAAACUGUUCCAGCAACUGCAAGCCAGAGAUGGAAGAAACAAGCAAAGACGAGCAGGGAAACUCUCAAGCACAAAGAAUGACCUGAUAAUCCAGAUUAUGACUGAAAGCUGCGAAAUAGAUAACCUGAAGAAAAACAUUGCUGAUGCUAAAAUAAAACUUGACACAGAAAUCAAGCUGAGGAAUCAGGCUGCCACUGAACUUCAAGCCCUGAAAGCAGAACUAAUGCAGAAGAAGUCUCAGUGCUCAUUCGGUGGGCUUCCCACAGCCUCUGCUGAUCUUGGAUAACAUCUAGACUCUAUUUUAAAAUGUAAAGUGGAUAUUACAUCCAUUAGUACCUGAGUAGCGAGAUUAAAUUUGAGCUCUUAAACUUUAUUCAUGAAGGCAAUGAAAUCUCCAACCCACUCUAGUUUCUGUGCAUCGUCUUCUGGAAGCCAACUAAAUUAGGCUUUUUCCUCACACCACAAGAAGUAUAUAAAGGAUGUUAUACAGUCUGUUGUUUUAACUU